GGGACCCAGAUUGAAUGGUACAUUUAACUAUAUUUCUUACCUCAUGUUUCGGAAAACGUUGCAAAUCCUUUUUAGUGUAAUAUGGACACAAACAUAGGUCAGUAGGCCUUCUUUUCCAGAACGUCGAUAAAAGAGAAUCACCUCUUCUGAGACAUUCUCUUAAGCGUUUAUGAGCAAUUUCCACACGAUUGCUUCUGUAGUUGCCCAGGCUUAGUACAUGUCGCUGGUAACAGCCAGCCUAAAUCGACUCCCGGUCAAUCCAGUGAUCCCUUAUGUAUUCAAAGGUCCGUGGAAAAUGGGUUUUCAGGCACUCGUACUUCCCAGUAAGUCAAUAAAAUAGGCUAUGAAAAGCGAAGCUUACAUGUCAGAUCACCUGGUUUUUACAAGAUGAUCCAAGUAUAUGCGAACGUCGUCAUUUCUGAACUACAGCAAAUAUUUUGCACAGUUAACGCUUACCUUUCUGUAAACUGCUCUUAAAACAUGGAACGAAUAGGGUUUUGUGUCGGCAUAACUGUGCGUAGACUGUACUGCGGUAAUUUCAGUCGCUUCCAGUCUUCAGUAAUAAGGAUAGGAGGUCUAUUAACCUAUUUUAAUCCUUGCAGUUUGUUACAAUGUGGAGGUCCAAUCUCGCUUUGAAUAUAUCAACGGAAGAUGCUGAUAUUACAUGUUCUGGUAGAGAAUUCCAGUUAUUCGGAAUCCAUAACAAAAGUGCAUGUAUCAUAUGUACCACACAUCGUGUCUUUGAAGUGCUCAAGUAGUCUUACGACGUCUUCGCGUCGCUCUCGCAUAGAAAUAGCAUACAUAACGAUCUGCUCUUGCUCAAGGCUAUCAGUAACGACUAGUCGGAACAGUGGAAAACUUCAAUACAAAGUUGUUAUUAUUCGUUAGUUGUCCAACUUUGUUGGUCUGAUAAGCCGAGUCAAUACAUACUACCUCCGGAAAUGCGUGAUAAAUAACUAUUUUCCCCCUGAAAUUGAAGGAAAUCAUAGGAAUGUUCCAUUUUUAUGGAAUACUUUUACUUCGGUGUCUGGCUGGACGCGCUGUAACAUCUCGUUUAUAUUUCGGCUGUCUAAACUCAAUUACUUCGAAUGUGGGUUUAACAACCUGGGUACAACUGCGAUCGCAUUUUGGCCAUAUUGUCCUUGACAAGCUGUUUAUGUAACUUCAAAGAAACCAAAUGUCGUAAGCUACGAGUUGGCGUAUUACUCAAUAGAAACGGUCUUAAAUAUAAUCGUCCACUUGACGUUAACUAUCGUCUCGAAGGGUCUACGGGAAUGCACCCUUCUGUGCAAAGAUGGUUGUGCAUGGUUUUAAUGGAGGUGACCUUUAACUCACCAUUUACUUCACGGACCCGAAUUCCAGAUUGGCAGUUACAAUAUUUAUACCUGAGGGAUAAACUCAUUUGGAAUGAAGCCUACGUAGAUGACUCAAGUCAUCUUCUUUGUCUAGGUUGUUGUGGUGAGUUAGAAGGUGGAUGCUCUUCGGAACAAUGCUGAUCACUAUCAUCAUUUACAUCCUGAAGUUGAGCAUCUGAUUCUGACGAACUGCAUUCACGUCCAUAAGUACAAAAAUAUCUGACGAAAACUGCUUUAUUGCUGGGUUAUCAUUGUUCUUUUUACAUAAUGACACAACAAUUAGUAUGCGUAUACUGUAAAAAGAAUUACUAAUCACAGAAGUGCUAUUACUUUAUAUACUUCUUUUAAACAGGCCUCAAAAUUGUCCCGAUCGGUAAAUCGUCGCGACAGCAUGAUAUCAUUGAAGAUUCUUCCUAUAUCAUACAUCAUUACGAUUACAUCACUAUGGUUACUUGAAGGAUAGAAGCUACCAUACAUAGUGCGACUAAAUUCAAACCAAAGAUAAAUUUGUCUUGAUUUGAUCGCUUUCGUAAAAUCUUACGAUUUGUCGAGGUUACGCACCAGUUUUUUUCAACGUGUGGUCCUCAUAUGCUGAAUUACAUAAACCAAUUGACGAUGCCACUGGAUCGUUUCUGGUUUGGUUUGAUGCGUUUCCUCGUCGAUUCAUUUACUUGUCUACUAUAUUUGGUUGUUUUAUUGAUCUAUUAAUGUUUGGGAGAUGUUAAGAAAAGCACACUUUGGGCGGUGUGGAUUCGCUUCGACACAAUUCAUAUCAAAUCAGUCUAAUCCGAUCCUUGUUUUAUUUCAUUUCUUUAAAAUUGCUGAAUCAGUGUUCACCAGUAAUGAAGAAAUAUAUGCAACUUAUAAAUACGCUCUGCACGAAGUAUAUUGCAAGCUUAAAGUGAUCGUACCUUUUAGUAGGAGGAAAGUUAAAUAUGGGAACUACUCAGUCAAAUCUAUUCAUAAUCUGGAAAAUUGUGGUAUGUCGCUUAUGGAUUUGAUUGCUAAUUGAGUGUCGGUUGAUAGAUGGAGCUUAAUUACCAUUCCAUUUUUAACUUGCUUCGUGCUGAUGAUUUUUUGAAUAAAACCGGAGCAAACAUUGAUGCAGAAUAAUAUGGGUUUAUUAUAUUUCGUUGUUCCUCAUCAGCUACUCACAACCAUAUAUGUGUUGAAAGUUAACACUGAGGUAUUGGUGUUAUUCUGCAUCAAUGUUUGUUCUGGUCUUAUUCAAAUUCAUAAAGGGAACCAAUCGUGCGUAGUGAUUAUUCAUCUCGACUAACUGAGUGUAAACUGCUUGUAAUCUUGUUGGAUGAUGUCUAGUCCAUUCUGUAGUCCUGUUUCUGGUCUUGAGUUGUGUAUCUGACCUGGUGUGAUCCAGUCUGCAUAAUGCAUAUCGAUCGACUAUCUAACCUAAUAGUAUUAUAGACCUCGGUCCCGGUCAUAUUGUAGUAGUAUAUCAUGGCGACCGGCAAGUAGUUUUACUCGCUUGCUGUAUCGCAUAUUUUUGAGAGACAAACCUGAAUUUCUUUAUAAGUUCUUUUUUGGAAGACAGUUAAGGUUAUCACUUGUUUCACUAAACUCUGACGUGAUGUUUGUUGUCCCAGUGAAACAAUUUUAAUAGGAUCCAAUCCACUUUCUCACAUACUGCUUUACAGUUCUCACUGGAUCUACUUUACGGGUGUAGACCGUGGCCUUUGGAAAAAGACGAUAUUGUAUCUCACUAGUAUUCGAUCAAAGAUCUCUUAUAUAUUUUGAGACCACCAAUUGAGAAGUGCUGAAGUUGGACUCAAGGUACUGGGCAAGGAAUGCAAAUCGAUCAAUAAGGUGAUGAAUCCUUACAGAUUAAGGUACUUAGGUCGUGUCCAAGUACCGCCGUUCUCGAUCUGCCAUGAUGGAUGGUGUAAGAGUUAGUUGGAAAAAAGUCAGGGACGGCUAGAUCAAAUUAUCGCAUCAGUCCGUAAAGUUGUUGACCCUUGGACUAAGUUGUACAGGUGGGUGCGCCGACCUACUUGGUUCGAGUCUCACGAAAUCUCAGCACGGAUUCGAAAAGCUCGUUUGGCGACUUACGUCACCUAUGGCGAAGAC